UUUAACUAAAAUGGAAGGGCGAGAUUUGUAGUGGACGUCUAUUAGAAGAGUUACGGCAGUCGCCCCAUACCUCACAUCCGUCCUCUGACUUUCCCGGAAGAAAAUCAAAAUAAAGCCUUUGUGAUGCCUCACCUGGCUGCAGGAUCAGACUGAGGAACCUGUGAACUCACCUCCACCUGUCUCUGCGGGAUGUCUUUCCCCUCCUCGCCCUCGCUCGGCCCGCAGGUCGCUGCCAUCAUGGACGUGUUGGCCAAAGCCGCCGUGGCUGAAAUCACGAAGCUGCUGGAGGACGGGACCGUGGUGCUGCGCCUGGAGAUGUGUCGGAAGGACGCGGAGAUCCAGGAGCUGAGGAGAAGUUUGAAGAUGAUGGAGGAUGAACUCUGCAAAGCCACGACCCGAGACCCCGAGGACGGACCGGAGCGAGCGGCCGAGGAGGGUCAGGUGCGUCAGAAAGACGAAGAAGAAGACCAGGAAAUUCACGCCGCGUGUCUCGAACCAAAGACCGCUGAUUCACUCUGCGAGCCUCAACGCGGCGCAGAGGAGAGCUGCGACAUGAGGCCGGUGGUGAAACACGAGCCAGCAGAUGAACUUGCCACCCAGGAAACGACAGACAAGACUGCAACUGCAGAAGUUUGCUUCGAGACAGAGGAACGAGGUGAGCCGCUCUGGCCUCCUCCUGCUUGUGCUAUGUUUGAAAAAGGCUCGGUUGCAAUGCAGCAGCACAUGCAGAUUCUCUCCCCUCGCACUGAGCAAUACGUUGCUCAUAGAAAUCCAGAAAGUUCCUAUAAUUCUCUGUCGACCAACGCAGAGGAAAUCCCACAGGAUUCCUUAAGCGUCCCGAUAAAAGUAGAGGCAAAUGUUCAACCUAUGUGCAUGGGAAGUAGCACUGCAGGUGAUGAACAGUUCACACAUGCUUCAGUCAGUCAGGACCAGUGCUUGCAGUCUGCUUUGCGGCAGGACGGGCCAUCGCUAGCCCCACCUCAUGCACAGAGGUCUACGUUAGGACCAAACGUCCUCGGUCGAGACAACCUGAGAGCAAAAAGGCUGAUAAACGUGUGGAGGACAAAUCAGAAACUGUUCAUCUGCUCGCUCUGUAACAAGGGUUUCCCCCGUUUGUCUCAGCUCGAAGAGCACAAGGUAACCCACCAACCCUUCAAACCGUUCAGGUGCCUCGAAUGCGGGAAGUCUUUCACCCAGAAGACUCGGCUCAAGACGCACCAAAGCGUGCACACGGGCGAGAGGCCGUUCAGCUGCAAGAUCUGCGGCAAGAUGUUCUCGAGGCAGGACAACUGCCUGAGACACGAGCGGUUCCACAGCGGGCUGAAGCCGUACAGCUGUGGGCAGUGUGGUAAAAGCUUCACUGUGCUGGGAAACCUCAAAAUACAUCAAGAGAUUCACCUGCAGGGAAGACUUCGGUGUUGCGCCACUUUCCUGCCGUCCAACUUUAAAGCGUGCUCUGUCACUUUGCGGGGGUUUGAAAUGUUAAACAGCGUCGCUCUGCGGGCUCAGGUCGCCUCCAUCAUCGACGCCUUAUCCAAAGCAGCCGUGGCUGAAAUCGCCAAAGUUGUGGAGGAUGGCAUGGUGGUGCUGCGCCUGGAGAUCUGUCAGCGGGACAACGAGAUCAAGAAGCUGAAGAGCAACGUGGAGGUCCUGCACAACGAGCUGAGAUCAGCCCAGGAGAGAGUGACCCUGCGACCGGACAACCAGGGCAGAGAUGACAGUCAGAGUCAGAGUGACGUUGGUGAUGAGCAGGCACACGCUGAUAAGGACCAGAACAGCCUGUCCGUACCUGAGGUGCAGGUGAAAUGUGAACCCGUGGAAGAAGUAAGCGAAGAGGCCAGAGGACAACCUGAGCAGCUGGCCUUGUACGAAACGGACAGCGCUCAGUGGAGGCCCGCAACGCAAGCGCAGACACCACGCAACGAGUCAGAUUAUUUAAAUUUAGGGCAGAACUCCAUGUUGUGUCUUCCUGAAUCUUCUCUGGACGCCGGACUGUCCACGCCCUGUAGCAGCUCCGGCGGGUUUCAGCACAGCCCGUUCAGCCGCGGGCUGCUGGGUUACAGUCCGUACCGUAACUUGUACAACGCCGUGCGCAGGAGGACGGUGAAGAGGUUGAUGUUCAAGAAGGGCUUCUUCUGUCCUUAUUGCGGUAAAUAUUUCGAGCGUGCCGGGCACCUCGAGAGGCACAAGAGGAUUCACACAGGUGAGAAACCGUAUCGCUGCGAGAUCUGUGGGAGACGUUUUAAUCAGAAAUGCAGCCUGAAGGAGCACAUGAAGAUUCACAGAAGAUGUAUUCAGCCGAGACCCGUCGAGAUCCAAGCGUGCGAACAGAAGCAGAUUCCCGAGGUGAAUCCAUGCACGGAUACUCAUCGCCCGGAGGAAGAGAGCCAGAUGAAGGUGGAAGAUGGCCUACCUAAGAAUGAGGACAUCCUCCCGACACCCGUCCACGUAAAAUCUGAGCCUGCGGAGGAGAAUAUAGCACAACCGCUGUUCCACAGAGGAAGCGAGCAGACAAUGGACAGAGUAGAUGACCUCAGCGAGAACUUCACAACGUUUGAGAGAGACAGCCAGCAGUGGAUAUCCAGAAUACAAGGACAAAACAACACGGAGAUCGGCAGCGCAGAGUAUCUCGGCGGCUCAGCGCAGAGUAUGACGUCCUUCCCGGGGAUAGCUCAGCUGCUCCCGCCGCCAGUCGAGGCUUCUUGCAGCACAUUUUCCUUUCCAGGGAAACCAUACGGGGAACUCAAAAACAGCAUGCCCCAAACACCCUACGGAUCCUCAGACACGCUGAUGGUAUCGAGCGAAGCAGGGUUGCACGGUAUGACGGGAGCCACGCUGAAUCACCACCAACAGAGAGCGAGCAGGUCUUUUCAGGUGAUCAAACCAAAGAAGUGCUUCGUCUGCUCGUACUGUGGCAAAGUCUUCGAGCGUGCCGGCCACCUUGAAAGACAUUUACGGAUCCAUACCGGGGAGAAGCCGUACGGCUGCCAUAUCUGUGGGAGGUGCUUCAAUCAGAAGAGCAGCCUCAAGGGCCACAUGAAGACGCACAGAAACGGGGAGAACGCUGACGUUCUGGAGGCCCAUCACCUGAUGUUUACAAUGCCAGAUAAUCAACCAUCGAAGAACCUGGCAGAACCCAAAACUGGACUGGCAGCUUUAGAAGAAGAGCUGGUCAGCCAGCCAGGUGGCGUGCAAACAUUGAUGGUAAAACUGGAGCCGAACGGGGAAGAUUUUCAGACUCUUAGUCAGGCUGGGACUGAUAACGGCACAGGAGCACCAGACCAAAGUCAGCUGUGGACAUCGGCUGUAGAGAAGUGCGGCGAUGCCACUGAACAAAACGUCUGUGUACUUCUACAUGAUGUGAAGUACCACCUCAGCUCUGCUGAUGGAGCGGCCAACGAGCAGCCGGGAUACACCUCACCAAACAAAGAUCUGCCUUUUCUAGACCACAAAGAAAAGGAGGAACUGAUGCACGGUGAUCAGUAUUCACUGAUGGGGAUGCAAGCAAGAAGCUCUGAUAUUGCACCUGAGCUGCAAGAUCAACAUAUCACACAGGAGGUGACUUUGACUGAAUACAAUGCAGUGAGUGACAGGACUCACGAGGGAGGUGUGUUUGAAUUUAAUAUGACCGCUUCAGGCAACCACGAAGUCAACUGUGUCGUGGACGCCACCGGGCAGAACUGCUUUAUAUGCUCGACUUGCGGCCAAAGCUUUUAUAGUUUCAGUUUUUUUCAGAGGCACCAGUGUAAAAGUUUCACAGAGCAAUCCUUCAGCUGUGAGAUAUGUGGUAAGAUGUUCAGUCAGAUGAGCAUCUUGAAGUUGCACCUUAAACUGCAUGUAAGAAUCAGCAUGGCGACGUGCAUUCCCUUCCAGACCCAGUUAUCCUCAAUAAUGGAGGUUUUGGUCAAAGCAGCUGUGACAGAGAUCUCCAAACUGGUCGAUGACAAAUGUGCGUUUUUGCACCUGGAGAUCUCCAGAAAGCAAAGCGAGAACGAGAUGCUGAAGAGGAAAUUAGUCAUGAUGGAGAGCAAGAGCGCGCAGCUGCAGCGCGGCUUCGAAAACUACAUGGACAGAGGAACUGAUGUGGGGACCAACUGUACGCACCCAACAGGAGAUAUUAAGUUUCCUGAUAUUGAAGACGCCACUGUUUCAUUCACAAUUAAAGAAGAAAGUCCAGAUGAGACACUGUGGAUCAGUGAUUCUGCCGGGCCGAUUGGCUCUGCUUUGCAGUACCCUAAUCCAGCUAAUGCCCCAGAGAGCCAGCAGCUCGAAGAGAACCGUCAAUUAAACCAUUCGGAUGUCGGCGUCCAAAAAACCUCAGAGUUUGGUGACUUGUACAACUCCGGUCAGCUCGCAGGAGACAUCAGCGGACUUCAGUUCACCGUCAAGAUGGAGAAGGAGGAGAACCGAUCCGGAUUCAGUCAGGACAGAUGCCAGCACAGCGCAGGGAAGCAGACGCAACUCGCUGCCGACUUUUCCAUGGAUGAACGAGAGAAUCAGCUCUGGUCGUCCAUCAUUGAAGGUGAUGAGAUCGAUGCUGGUUUUCCGGACUUUUCUAGUGUGGUAGAGGAGUACUCAAACACAUUCCCGGAACAUUCUGAUGCCCACGUGGUUUCUAACGCUACCAAGUCGGCGAGUGUCCAGCAGAUGUCCUCUCAGAGGCCGUGUAAUGGGAUGUACAACAGUGAGUAUCCGAAGGACGUCGCACAGUCGUCCAAUUUUCAACCCAGACCUCAGGGUACGCAGCAAGACAGGCAGAAGGAACAAAUGUACUCACAGAGGAACCCCUCGCAUGCUGCACAUCUAAGGCAGCCAGACGAACACCCAGAGAGGGAGACUGCAGCUGGAGAUAGACCAGUCGUAACUCCCUCCCACAACACUUUCACAUCAGGCAAUUUCCCGUCUCACACCCCGCACAAACCCCUCUCCGGCAUGGCGCGGGGCUACGUCUGCUCGCAGUGCGGCAAGGCGUUCGGCCGCCUGCACCAGUUCAAGCUGCACCAGCAAAGCCACAAGAGAAAGCGUGCGUUCUGGUGCACGGUGUGCGGGAAGAACUUCCAGUGUUCGUCCCACCUCAGCAUACACCACCGGACGCACACGGGCGAGAAGCCGUACGGUUGCGGACAGUGCGGGAAGAGGUUCACGCAGCAGAGCAGUCUGAGGGUCCACCAGCGCACGCACAGCGGGGAGCGGCCCUACAGCUGCACGCUGUGCGGGAAGACCUUCAUCCUCAUGCACCACUUGAAGCGGCACAGAAUCAUUCACACAGCUGAGGGGCGAGACGUCUGAAGGGACGUCGCUCAGGUGGAAAGACACGAAUCACCCUCGAAAAAAAAACCAAAUCAGAAAGCCAGCGAGUGAGCGGCAGCUUUUGUUGGUUGGGAUUAGUAGCCUUGCGCUCACAGACUUUGUAUAUUAAUGCAUAUUUUACUAUGCAAAAUCCAAUUUUAAGAUGUUUGCUUCUUUCUUUUUUUUAAAUACCUGUCUUUAAUUAUUAAAAUUAAGAACUGAAUUGCAACAAAAUUCACACAGGUCAGUGUUUUUAAGACACCUCCAAAGCUAGAAAUCCAAAUCUAAAAUGUGGAAACGUUACAAAAACAUCCUGCAGAUCUCCCUCUCACAGUUACCUGUAUACUUCUCCUCGCUCAGUUUCUUUCAGCUUCUCAUGUAGAAAUAUGCCUUACUUUCAUGUCAGCACUGAAACUGUAGAAGCACAAGACGCUCAUCAUCCCCUUUACGGUCACAGGAGGGCUUUCCGUUCAGAGCAAGCGAAGCAGCUCUCAGGUUUUAUGUUUUGAUGUCAACAUUGGUUAAAAAAACAACAAAAAAAAACAACAAAAAAAACUGCCUGAUUAUUGUUCCGAGUUGAAAUUUUCCAUAAAAUGUACCCCCCCCCCUCAAAAUCUUUUGCCGCUUGUUUUAUGAUUUAGAUUAAAGGAACGUUCAAA